CACAGGUGCUCCUCAUCAGGACAGCGCCGCCGAGCUUUUAUAAGCCGCCGCCGGGGCGCGGGAGUCGCGCGCCGCUUGCAGCAAAAAUAGCGCCCACGUGUGUGAGCGUCCCGCGCCGCCACAGACCCGCCGGACCGCCCGCCAGUCCCACAGGGCCACGCAGGACCCCAUGGCGUUCUCUCUGGAAGAAGAAGCAGGAAGGAUAAAGGAUUGCUGGGACAACCAGGAAGUUCCUGCACUCUCUACAUGUAGCAAUGCCAAUAUCUUUCGAAGGAUAAAUGCCAUUUUGGAUGAUUCACUGGACUUCAGUAAAGUCUGCACAACACCUAUUAAUCGAGGAAUUCACGAUCAUUUGCCAGCAGACUUCCACGACUCUGAAGAAACAGUUACAAGCAGGAUGCUUUUCCCCACCUCUGCGCAAGAAUCUUCCCAAGGCCUCACAGAUGCAAAUGGCUUAUGCCUUGGCCUGCAGUCACUCAGUCUGACUGGCUGGGACCGACCCUGGAGCACCCAGGACUCAGACUCCACAGCCCAGAGCAGCACACAGUCAGUAUUAAGCAUGCUCCAAAAUCCACUGGGAAAUGUUCUAGGAAAAAACCCCUUGAGCUUCCUGUCUCUGGAUCCCCUUGGGUCUGACUUGGACAAGUUCCCAGCACCCUCAGUUAGAGGAUCUCGCCUGGACACCCGGCCCAUCCUGGACUCCCGUUCUAGCAGCCCCUCUGACUCAGACACGAGUGGCUUCAGCUCUGGAUCAGACCAUCUCUCAGAUUUGAUUUCAAGUCUUCGAAUUUCCCCUCCUCUGCCCUUUCUUUCUAUGACGGGAAAUGGUCCCAGAGACCCUCUAAAGAUGGGAGUUGGGUCCCGAAUGGACCAAGAACAAGCUGCUCUUGCUGCAGUUACUCCCUCUCCAACCAGUGCUUCAAAGAGAUGGCCAGGAGCUUCUGUGUGGCCAUCCUGGGACCUUCUUGGAGCUCCUAAAGACCCUUUCAGCAUAGAGAGAGAGGCUAGACUACACCGGCAGGCUGCAGCUGUGAAUGAAGCUACCUGUACCUGGAGUGGCCAGCUGCCUCCCCGGAACUAUAAGAACCCUAUCUACUCAUGCAAGGUGUUCCUAGGAGGUGUUCCCUGGGACAUUACAGAAGCUGGAUUGGUUAACACCUUCCGUGUUUUUGGCUCUCUGAGUGUGGAGUGGCCUGGUAAGGAUGGCAAGCACCCCCGGUGUCCUCCCAAAGGUAAUAUGCCUAAAGGGUAUGUGUAUUUGGUGUUUGAACUGGAGAAGUCUGUCCGGGCCUUGCUUCAGGCUUGUUCUCAUGACCCGCUGAGCCCAGAUGGCCUGAGCGAAUAUUAUUUCAAGAUGUCCAGCCGAAGGAUGCGCUGCAAAGAGGUGCAGGUAAUCCCUUGGGUCUUGGCUGACAGCAACUUUGUCUGGAGCCCAUCUCAGAGGCUGGAUCCCAGCAGGACGGUGUUUGUUGGUGCCUUGCACGGAAUGCUCAAUGCUGAGGCUCUGGCUGCCAUCUUGAAUGACCUAUUUGGUGGAGUAGUAUAUGCUGGGAUUGACACAGAUAAGCACAAGUACCCCAUUGGGUCUGGUCGUGUGACUUUCAAUAACCAACGUAGUUACCUGAAAGCAGUCAGCGCUGCUUUUGUGGAGAUCAAAACCACCAAGUUUACCAAGAAGGUUCAGAUUGACCCCUAUCUAGAAGAUUCUCUGUGUCUUAUCUGCAGUUCACAGCCUGGUCCUUUCUUCUGCAGAGAUCAGGUCUGCUUCAAGUACUUUUGCCGAAGCUGCUGGCACUGGCGACAUAGCAUGGAAGGCUUGCGCCACCACAGCCCCUUAAUGAGGAACCAGAAGAACUGAGAUCCCAGCUAGAGAAGCUGGCCUUGCCCCGUGGCCUGUGGCGCCCAAGGCUGGCAAGUC